UAUAUGUAUAUAUGUCACUCAUUUUUCACAAGAACUGGAGACAGUAGACACACAGAACACAAAAUUAUUAGCUAUGGCUCAUCAUUUUCUUGUGUUUCUCUCUUUAGCUCUACUAAUAAGUAGUCUCUCAAUCCAAUAUGUGUUGGGUGCUGCUCCUCUCGAUGAUCCUGUUUCGACCUGUAUAACAGUUGCUAUCAAGCUAGAUCCAUGCCUCCAAUACAUUAUAAAAGGUGAUGGUCCAACAGAAGCUUGUUGUACUGGUGUAAGUGACGUAUCCAAACUUGGACAAUCAAAAAGAGAUAGAGUUGUUAUCUGCCUCUGCUUACAAAAGAUGAUCAUUAAUCUUGAUAGUAAAGACAUCCCCCCUCGUGUAGCUGAACUUCCUAACAAGUGUGGUGUUUCUUAUAACAUGCCUCCUAUUGAUAAAAACUACAACUGUAACAAUAUGCCUAUGACUGAUGAUGAAGGGGUACUAGUGAUUAAGCUGCCGGAACCGGUGACGGAGCCAGAAAUUUGACAAGGAUGUAUAAAUUUUUAUUCUGAACUAUAUUAAGAGUGUACAAAAUUAAAUAUACACUCACAAUAAUUAUUAACAUUUAAUUCCUAAUCACCACAUAAUUUACCUACAAAGGGUGUGCAUCUGACUACCCUUCGCUAAAGGUGGCUCCGCCCCUGGCCAGAACAUUAAAAUUAUGAAUAAAGUUAUAACGAUCUUAAAGCAAGAUCGGCCCGUUGUCGUUUGUAAACUUAACUUCAAAUGUUUGUGCAUAGGUGAAUGUUGAAUAUAUAUGUGUAUAAUAAUAUAAAUUUGAUUAGUGUC